AUGGCUGUCUCAACCGGUCUCGCCUUGUGGACGGUGCUCCUGUCGUCGCUUUCCCUGAAACUCGGCAUCCUGGCCUACAAUUGGAAGACCUACGUCGAGGUCGUUACUCAGGAAUCAAUGACUGAUGUUCUGGCACGGUUACACAAGCAGUAUGGUGAUGUAAUUCGUAUAGCACCAAACGAGCUUCACUUCUCCAAUCCUUCAGCAUACCAUGACAUCUACAACGCCUCCGCAAGAUGGGACAAGGAUCGGCUACUAUACGAGUCUUUCGGUGAAGACCAUUCCUCCUUCGGGCUUCUGACCUACGCUGAAUCGAAGCAAAGGAAAGACGUGCUCCAGCCUCUCUUUUCUCGCAGAGCCAUCCUUAACUUGCAGGGCCUCGUUGAUCAACUUACCGAGCUCCUCGAGAAGAACAAUGCAUCCGGCAAAUCAGCAGACCUCUUAUUCGCCUUCCGAUGUUUCACAGUCGACACUGUGCAAGAGUUCUGCUUUGGGAAAUCUGUCCACGCCAUGGAGGAAGCCGAUUUCCGGGCUCCUCUCGUGACAGCCAUGGAUGCAGCCCUCCCGACCUUCUUCAUCUUCAAGAACUUUCCACUAUUCCGCAAGACACUGCUUUCCCUUCCGCCUUGGUUGGCUGUCAGAGCAUCACCGAAGACCGCCGGUCUGAUACAUCUUCAAGAAAUCAUCGGCAAGCAAGUCCGGGAUGUGGUAAGCGACCCAUCCAGCCUCCAAGACGCACCUCACCCAACCAUCUACCACCGACUCUUGGAUCCAGGGGCACACAGAGGCUUUCCCGUCCCAAGUGCAACGUACCUGUGUGAAGAGGCCCUGACGAUGGUAUUCGCUGGUGGUCUGACCGUGGCCGAUAGCCUCAUGACCGGCCAUUUCCACAUCCUGAAUCAGCAUACUCUAUACGAGAAGCUCCGAGCCGAAGUUCUGACUGUUUGGCCAAACAUCGAUCGCCCACCUUCCUUCGAGGCCUUCGAAACCCUCCCCCUCCUGACAGCCACCAUCAAAGAAUCGCUCCGCGUAUCACCCGGAGUCUCUUCGCCACUGCUCCGAGUCGUUCCGACCAAGGGCGCAAACAUCUCAGGGGUAUCAAUCCCAGGCGGCACCGUCGUUGGCAUGGCCGCCCCUUUCGUCCAUCAAUCCGAUGCAAUUUUCGCCUCGCCAUCGACAUUCGAUCCAUGCCGCUGGCUUGCUACCGAUACUAAGAACCUGGAUAAAAAUCUCGUGGCGUUCAGUCGGGGACCACGAAGCUGUUUUGGAGUCAACUUGGCAUGGUGUGAGCUGUACAUUGCCUUCGCUACUAUGUUGAGACGCUUUGAGAUGAGCCUUGAUGGUAAAACGGAGGAGGACUUGAAGUGGAGAGACUGCUUCACGCCGUAUUAUCCUGGGAGACACUUGAUGGUUUGGUGCAAGCCUGCUUCUGCCUAG